CUGAGCCAUACACUUCCCCACUGCCAGCGCACGGCGUGUGUAUGUAUGUGUAUGCGAACAUCUCUGUCUAUCUACAGGGAGAAGGUGCUAGUGUUAGCGACACACCGCCACAAUGCCUAAGGUUCAAUUGCCAGAAACAGACGAUCGUAUGCGAGCCUUCGCUGAGAAGGUGUUCGCCUCUGAAACCAAGGAUGAAGAUGUCCGUGAGGAGAUCUCCCUGUUUGGAGUGGCUGAGUGCCCCAUUCUCAACCAGGAGCUGGCACACCAUGUAACCAUGGAUGAUGAUAUUGAGAGACGCAAGAAGUAUAUCCAUCGCUCCCAACAGCUGGAAGACACACCACUCUAUCUCGAGGUGCCUCAUUUCCAGAGGGUGACCAUCACAGGAGACUAUGCUGAUGGGGUGACAAUGGAUGACUUUGAGGUGGCCUGCAAGGGUCUGUACCGUGCUUUGAGCAUCAGAGAAAAGUACAUGAGGCUGGCUUUGCAGAGAUUCCCCCAAACUGCAUCUCAAUACCUACAUGAGCUCGAGGAGGAAAAGUGGAACCCAGAGGAUCAGGUGCAGCCAGUCUUCAGUUCACCUCCUAAAGAAGGAGAGGAUCCUUUUAACACCAAGUCUCUGGCUUCUAAUGCUGGCUACGUGGCUCGCAUACGGGAUGGAGUCAUUUAUGUCUAUAAAGAUGCAGCAGCUGCAGAUAAACACCAGCCAUUACCCUUGCCUGCUCCUGAUUAUGCCACCUUCAUCGAUGAUAUGAACUUCCUCAUCGCCCUCAUUGCCCAGGGCCCAACAAAGACAUACACUCACCGUCGUCUGAGAUUCCUCAUGUCCAAAUUUAACGUACAUGAGAUGUUGAAUGAAAUGGAGGAGCUGAAGGAGCUGAAGAAAAACCCCCACAGGGACUUCUACAACUGCAGGAAGGUCGACACUCACAUUCAUGCUGCUGCCUGCAUGAACCAGAAACAUCUUCUGCGCUUCAUCAAGAGGUCCUACCACGUCGAUGCUGACCGAGUGGUGCACAAUAUCAAGGGCAAGGACAUGACCCUGAAGGAACUUUUCGCCUCCCUCAAUCUGCAUCCCUAUGACCUGACCGUGGAUUCACUGGAUGUGCAUGCUGGUAGACAAACCUUCCAACGCUUUGAUAAGUUCAAUGCCAAGUACAACCCUGUAGGGGCCAGUGAACUGCGUGACCUUUAUCUGAAGACUGAGAACUACAUUGGAGGAGAAUACUUUGCCACCAUCAUUAAGGAAGUGGCAGGUGAUCUCGAGGAUGCCAAGUACCAGUAUGCCGAGCCUCGUCUGUCCAUCUAUGGUUGCAAUCCCAAUGAGUGGACAAAACUCUCCAGCUGGUUCAACAAGAACAGGGUGUUUUCCCUUAACCUCAAGUGGAUGAUUCAAGUCCCCAGAAUCUAUGACAUUUUCAGAGCCAGGAACUUUGUGCCUCACUUUGGGCAGAUGCUUGAGAAUAUCUUCAUGCCCAUUUUCGAGGCCACCAUCAACCCCCAGUCCAACCCUGAACUGAGCAUCUUCCUGCAAAAUAUCACAGGCUUUGACAGUGUGGAUGACGAAUCCAAGCACAGCGGUCACAUGUUCUCUACAAAGAGCCCUAAGCCAAAUGAGUGGGAUGGUGUGAAGAACCCAUCUUAUACUUACUACAUCUACUACAUGUAUGCCAACAUUGCCAUGCUCAACCAGCUGCGCAAGGAGAGAGGAAUGAACACAUUCCUGUUCAGGCCACAUUGUGGAGAGGCAGGAGCUAUCACCCACCUGUUGGCCUGUUUCAUGACAGCUGACAACAUCUCCCAUGGUCUCAACCUCAAGAAGAGCCCAGUCCUGCAGUAUCUGUACUUCCUGGCCCAGAUUCCGAUUGCCAUGUCUCCUCUUAGCAACAACAGUCUCUUUCUGGAGUAUAACAAAAAUCCACUACUGGAGUUCCAUAAGAAGGGCCUGAUGAUAUCUCUGUCCACUGAUGACCCCAUGCAAUUCCACUACACCAAGGAACCCUUGAUGGAGGAAUACGCAAUUGCAGCUCAGGUGUUCAAGCUCAGCACCUGUGAUAUGUGUGAAAUUGCAAGGAACAGUGUCCUGCAGAGUGGCCUGUCACAUGAGGAGAAGGUUCGGUUCCUGGGUACUAAUUAUUUGAAGGAGGGUCCAGGAGGCAAUGAUAUACGCAAGACAAAUGUGGCUCAGAUCCGUAUGGCCUAUCGCUACGAGACUCUGUGCUAUGAGCUUGGCCUCAUUAAAGAAGGCGUCAUGGGUGACUAAAUGGUUAUAAACUCUUGCUCUCUAACACACACACACACACACACACACACACACACACACACACACACACACACACACACAUGUGCCUUAAUCUGUAGCAUCUAACUUUAUAUUUUAGACCCACUGAUAAAUAAUUGGUUAAGUUAAAAAAUGAUUAAAGUUAAUAUUUUGUAUACAGAAUAAAAUAGUAUACAAAACGAGAUGUAGUUUUGGACAGAUCACUGUGGAUUUUCGACUGAACAAACUUGUCAAGCAUGGAAUAGCACUAAGUCAUGCCAUCCAACAUCUUUUACCAUUAUAUAACAUCAGAUUUCAUUAAAUUUUUGAAGGUGUAAACAGGACAAGAUCGAGUUUCUUCAUACAAGUUUAUCUGCUGUUCCAUUAUAUAAUUGUGGUUCCCAUUAUAGGGUCCUGGGAAUCUCCAAGGGUCUGUAGCAUUAAAACAAAUAUAUUUAUUUGUUUGUUUGUUUAUUUAUUUAUUUUUAAGGUUUCAAGGAGAUGGACAUCACAAACAUACAGAGCCCCUGAAGUCCCAAAAGGUGACCUUUUUUUUUAAUCUUGUGGGAACAAGUUAUUACCUCAUGUGCAAAUGUUAACAACUUGUGUGCACAAGAUAAACUAGAAGGGCAUUCGGUCGAGCGCAUAUUUCCGCCAAGCCACAGAGUAUCAACAUCAAAAUCAAAUCAUGACUUGAACCUAGGACAAUGCUAAAGUUGUCCACCAAAUUUCACCAAAAUCCAUUCAAUAUGUUUUGAGUUACCUGGAUCUGCAUACAUAUCUGGAUCUUGGAUCCACAUAUAUAUCCAGAUUUGCAUCAAAAUCUCAUCAAUUGUUCAUUGGCCCAUGGCUGACCUUUCCUAAAAAUUUCAUCAAAAUCUGUUCACUCGUCUAUUUUUUGAGUUAUGUUGGGAACAAACAAAAUAAAUCCUGGAUCUGUAUACAUAUCUGGAGCUUGGCUCCACAUACAUAUCUGGAUUUGCAUCAAAAUCUAAUCACUUGUUCCUUGGCAAAAUAUUAAUAUAAAUAUUUAAUCAAAAUCUGUUCAGUACUUUGAGUUACGCUGGGAACAAACAAACAAACGGAGGCGAAAACAUAACCUUCUUCAACAAAGUGGGUGAAGGUAAAAAAUAUAUCGCAGUUCACGACUUUAGGGUCUCCGUACAGUCAUCUCCAAUCAAAGUCUUUACAAUUUUUAUCAUUAUUAUUUAUCCAGGGGCGGCACGGUGGUGUAGUGGUUAGCGCUGUCGCCU